AUGGCGAUUGAUUGUAGAAGUACAGUGGUCCACCCAGACUGGACUUACCUUCAUGAAUGUGUGGACGGGGCAAUGGACAAGCGUUACGGCCGACAUUUCCAACGCAGAUACAUGUACAUCACGAUGGUAAGAGACCCCGUGCGUAGGUUCGUCAGCGAAUGGAAACAUGUAUAUCGUGGAACAACAUGGGAAAAGGCACGACUUGUAUGCAAUGGCCGUCCAGCUACAGAGAAGGAAGUUCCCCCAUGCUUUAAUACAACGAACUGGUUUCACGUCACUCUUCAAGAUUUCAUGGACUGCGCAUCAAAUCUCGCCAUAAACAGACAAACCCGUAUGUUAGCCAACCUGAGCAUUGUUGGUUGUUACAAUACUUCCGCCUCCGGUCUCACGAACGACGAAAGGCACUAUCUCAUGCUGGCAAGUGCAAAAGAGAACUUACGGAACAUGGCUUACUUCGGCUUGACAGGUUAUCAAGAAUUAUCACAGAUCUUGUUUGAGAAAACUUUCAACUUGAAUUUCAUCACCAAAUUCAAGGAUACUCCACCCAGUAAAACAAGGAGUGGCAUAGUCAAUUUAUCCAAUGUGCAACGUGACAAAAUACUUCAUUUGAACAGAUUUGACGUCAUGUUAUAUCAGUAUGCGAAAGGUUUGUUUUUCCAAAGAUUGCAGAUGUUGGCUGCGCGAUCAAAGGACACUUCUCUAUUAAAUUUGAUACAAGAAUAUAGAACAUUAGAUUUUGAAAAGCCAGGACACAGCUGACAUAUCGGUGUUUAGAAAUGUAAACGUUCGGGUGGUUCUGAUGGGGAGUUUCCGGGUUCGAACCUGAGAGCAGUGGAUCCUGGCUGUGUAUCCACAAGAAAUUAUGGUGUAUGAGAUCGCGGGAUGGCUUGUGCGCCAUG